AUGCUACGCGCAGUCGCCGUCGCAGCAGCCGCAGUAGCGCUCUUGGCACCGCUCCUCCUCGAGCCGGAUGUCUCGAGCCACCGGCCUCCGGCCGACUUCGCCUGCGGCACGAGCACGCUCGCCCAGCGGUCCCUCGCGGCGGAGCGAGCCAUCGAAGCCCUGGGCUGGCGCGCCGACGAGGGCCGCCUGCAGUUCGCGCAGCGCGGCGCCAUCAGCUCGGGCCAGCACGCGACGAACUACGGCGCGCUGCAGCACUUCCGGCGCAACGUGCCCGCGUGGUUCGGGCGCCUGCCGCGCGUCGGCGCGCGUUUAUUGCGGGGCCUCUUCGUCAUGGGCCGCGGCGACGUCGUCUUCCUGCUGGGCUGCACGCCGCCGGGCGGCGGCGUGAGCUACGCGUCCGUCGCGCCCUACGUCUGGGUCCAGCCGUCGACGCGGUCCGCGCCGGGCGCGCAACUCGGGCCGUCGCUCAACCACCUCGAGCUCGAAAAACAGAACGAAAUCAAACCCUGGAACGCGACGUUCCUCUACGUGGCGUCGCCGGACGCGGCGGCGGCGGCGCGCGUCGCCGCGGCGGUGACGGACGCCGCGGGCGCGCUCGGCUUCGAGAUCCAGGUGCGAGCGACCGCCGCAUUGCCGGCGGACGCGGUCGCGUGGCGCGCGCCCGGCGCGGCGCUCCGCGGCCUCCUCUCCGCGGACUGGCUCCGCGUGCUCUUCCGCGUGUCGACGGCGAGCGACGACGCGGGAGGCGACGCCUUGUCGACGUACCUGGCCGCGCACCAGCGCGCGUUCCUGGUCGCUUCGCCCGACGACGUCGCCGCGUCGUCGCCCUUCGACGCCGUCGCCGACGCGCAGCCGCCGACGCACCGGUCGCCGCCGCCGGGCUACCCGCUGCUGGAGACCGCCGUGGCCUCCGCCGCGGACGCCGUCGCGCGCUUCUUCGAGGCCCGCAACGCGACGGUGCUCGCGCGGUGGGCGGGGACGCGCUACGAGUACAGCAACCGGCGCUGCGCGACGGAGGCGGCGACCUACCGCCCCUACGCGGCCUUCGCGCCGCCGGACGUGCCCCUGCUGCCGAGCGCUUGCGCGAUGACGAGCUCCGACAGCACGAUCACGGCCAUGGUCCCGCCCGGCGGCGUCGGCGACGGUUUGGACCCGGACGCGGGCCGCCGCCGGCGCGCCUGGGCGCCCUUCGUCGGCGCGCCGGGCCGCCUCUUCGUCGCCGUGGCCCUCGACGUCGUGCCCGUCGGCGCCGCGACGCUCCACAGCCUCAUGUUCUCGCAGAUCCCGCCCGGGAAGCCGUCGAAGGACUACUACGAGAACAAGGCCACGACGGUCUGGUGGCGCGCGCCGGGCCUGCCCCAGCCCCACGUCGGCGCGCCGGUGCAGAACACGGUGGCCAUCGCCACGGUCGCGACGCACGGCUGCCCGGCGGGCCUCGAGGACGCGACGGGCCGGCCCUGGCCCUGCGCGGCGCCCGACGCGCCCGUCGACGGCGCCUACGCGGUCCUCACGGAGCGCGCCUACCUCGACCCGGCGACGGCGCUCGCGCCCGCGGCGACGAGCUUCCCGCCCUUCGUCAUCCUCGCGCUCGCGCACGAGACGCUGCUGCGGCGGCACCAGCUGCGCGGCAGCGUGCUGCCCAUCCUGACCAUGGCCUACAACGCGUCGCGGCAGCACCUGCUGACGGCCGACGAGCAGGCGCUGCGGCUCUUCAGCACGCGCAAGGAGCUGAGCGUGCUCUGGCUCGACCCCGAGAGCCCGUCGCCGAUGAUCCUGCUGCACCACGCGAUCCACGACGUCUACAUCGUCGUCUACGACGACCAGCCCGCGGACCACCCGGACGCCUGCGCCGUGCAGAUUUUGCACGCGUCCCUCGCGCCGCUCUUGCGCUGGCGGCCCCACGACGGCGCGGUCGCGGCCGCGGUGCUCCACCCGUCUUCGGGAGUCCUGGUGACGUCCGGCUCCGAGGGCCAGCUGCGGCUCUGGCAGCUGUCGGCGGCGCCGAGCUCGCCGGGCGGCGGGAGCCGCCGCGGCGAGGCGGAGCCGCCGAAGGACGACCUCGCGCUCAUCGUGUCGCCCGUCGCGUCGCUCAACGAGCACCAGCCGCGCGGCGCGAUCUCGACGCUGCACGUGUCGUCCGGCGACGGCGGCCUCCUGAUCGGCGCCAUCGACGGCACGGUCUGGGUCUGGCGCCUCUUCCCGUCGCCCUCGGACUCGACGGCGCUGACCGUCGCCUCGCGGCCGGGCUCGCCGGAGAUUUCGCCGCCGCCGGGCGGCGUCGCGCCGCGGCUCGUGCUCUGCUGGGAGGCGACGCCGCCCGCGGACGACGGCGACGACGACGACGAGGCGCCGAGCAUCACGUGCCUCCAGACGCUGGACGCGGGGCGCAUCGCCGUGGGCUUCGACGACGGCGUCGUCGCGAUCUGGGGCAUCCAGCUCUUCGACGGUUUCGGGUCCGCGGCCGCGGGGUCCGCGCCCGAGCUGUGCUGCACGAUCGACGCGCACGUGCUCGAGCCCGAGUCCGACGACGACGACUCGAGCAGCGACGAGGAGAGCAGCGACGAGGAGAGCGAGUUGGAGGAGGACGACGACGACGACGACAAGCAGAAGGACAAGGAGGACAGGUCGCAGUCGGCCGCGGGCUCCGGCGACGACGACGACGACGACGACGACGGCGUGAGCCUCCCGGACGAGUCGGGCGGCGUCUUCGAGAUCCGCGCCGUGCGAUCCUUGGGCGACGACGGCGGCCCCAUGGAGCUCUUCACCUGCGGCGGGUCCGCGCGGCGCGUGCGCCACUGGCUCGUCGGCGGCGACGACGACGACGACGACGACGACGAGGCCGAGGCCGAGGAGCGGUCGCAGGCGUCCGGCGACGCGGGGUCGCGGGGGGACGUCGCGAGCGCCGGGAGCCGGAGCGACCGGCUCAAGGUCCGCGAGCUCAGCGCGCACGGCGUCGCCGAGGAGUUCGAGCCCGCCGAGGGCGACGCGUACACGUCGUGGGUCCAGGCGACGAUCAAGGCCACGCCCAUGCGCCUCGAGCUCCUCGAGCUCGGCAUGGGCGCCGAGUCCAUCGCGCGGCGGCUCCUCCUCGCCGCGACGUCCGGCGGCCUCGUGACGCUCUACGAGAUCCUGGCCCCGGAGUGGCGCGUCGCGACGUGCGCGGACCGCCUGCUCCAGCUGCGGCGCGGCGCGCUCGUGGACUGGGAGGAGAAGGCCGGCGAGGCGGCGGCGCUCGGUGACCCGAGCGAGCACUGCGUGCUCGCCCUGACGGACGGGGGCCACGUCGAGGCGCUCGCGGUAUCCGGCGCGGGCGUCUUCCACCGGAGCCCGCCCCCCGAACCCCCCUUGCCCGUCGCGACCGUCGCCGCGUCGACCCUCAAGUCGGGCGACCGGCGGCCGCCGGCGAAGCGCAUCGCGCGGGGGCGCGCGCCGCUCGUGGGCCUCGGGCGCCACGCGACGGCGACGGAGCGCGUCGCGCUCGGGUGGAUGCCCGCGUCCGCGUCGGUGGUCGUCGGCCGGUCCGACGGCGUCCUGGAGGUCGUCGCGCCCGACUGGAAGGCCGCGCUGCUGGAGCUGGGCUGCCGCGCGGCGGACGCGGCGCGCGCGAAGCGGCGCGCGGCGACGCCCGCGCUCGGCGGGUCCACGGUCGUCGCGCUCGGCCCGCCGCGGCGCGGCGUCGGCGCCGCGGACGGGCCCCCGGGCGCGGCCCCGGGCGGCGGCGGCGCGCCCGUGACGUGCCUCUGCGCGCUGCCGCGGCCCGAGACCCUCGUCUGCGUCGGCGACGCCGAGGGCGGCCUGAGGUUGUGGACGCUGCGGCCGCCGCACCGGGGGGGCGCCAAGUGCCUGUGGUCGACGGACGCGCACACGGGCGCCGUCGUCGCGCUCGCGGCCGGCGCGUUGUCGGCCGUCGCGGCGCACCCGGCGGAGAAGACGGCGCUGAAGCCGCUGGGGCGGCGCCUCGGCGCGCUGGUCGCGUCGGCGGCGGCCGACGGCGUCGUGAAGCUGUGGCGCCUCGUCCACGGCGGGCGGGGGCUGGUCACCGUGGGCUACUUCAUCGUCGGCGGCGCCGUGACGGCGCUCGCCGUCGCGACGCCGCCGCCGGGCGACGUCGUGGACGAGCACCGCGGCGGCGCGGCCCUCGUCGUCGCGGGCUUCUCGAGCGGCUUGCUGGAGGCGUGGCCGCUCGACGCGCGCGACGCGGCCGGCGAGGCGGAGCCGAGCCGCGAGGUCGAGCGGUCCGUGCACCGCAGCGGCCACCUCCACGAGGUCACGGCGCUGGACGCCUUCCCGGGCCAGGGCGUGCUGCUGAGCGCGUCGCUCGACCGGUCCGUCGCGCUCUGGCGCGCGCGGCCCGCGGACGACGCGGGCCUCGAGCUGCUGAAGUGCGUCGCGCUGGGCCACCCGAUCUACAGCGCCGUGCUCGUGCGCCGGCGCGGCGCCCUGGACGCCAUCGUCGCCGACGGCGCGCACGUGUCGCGCGUGUCGCUCCGCGGCGACGCGGCCGCAGUCGAGGGCCCGUCGCUGCUCAACGAGCGGAGCCACCGCGUGUCGCGCGUGUCUUUGGCCCAGUCGUCGACGAUCAGCGGCACGGCGGCGUCGACGCCCCAGCUCGCGGCCGACCCGCGGCCGCCGGCGGCCGGCGUCGCGGGCGUCGCGGGCUCCGCGGGCUCGGCCGCGUCCGUCGACGACCACUCCGCGUCGCUGUCCUUCGCGACCGUGUCCCUCCAGGCGCCGUCGGCGGCCCAGGCCUUCGCGUCCGCGGCGGCGCUGGGCGACCUCGUGUCGUCGGGCGCGCUGCCGCGCCAGUCGGAGAUCGCGCGGAGCUCGUUCCUGGGCGGGAACCUGCGCGCGCGGACGCCGCAGCCGCCGCCGCCGCCGCGCGGUCGGACGCCGUCGGCGUCGUCCUGGCUCGCGUCGCCGGACCCCUACGCGUCCGGCGACCACAGCCGCGUCCAGUCGCCCUGGCGCACGGAGCGCGAGGUCGAGCGGUCGCGGCGCGAAUCCGUCGUCACGCCCGGCUCCGCGCCGCCGCGCCGCGACUCGCUGAGCCAGGGCGUCUGGAAUCUCGCCUUCGACCGCCAGCCGACGACGGCCGACGAGUCGCCCGGCCCGGGCGAGUACCUCUUCGCGGAAGCGCCCGACACGAUCCAGGACAUCUCCGCGAAGCUCCUCGAGCAGACCGCGGCCUUCGCGCCGGCGCUGCCGGCGUCGCGCGAGCGCCGCGAGAACCUGCCGGCCAUGGGCUCGCGGCCGGCGACGGCCGACGAGGACGUCGCGGCCGCGGCCGGAAGCAAGGCCGACGCGUCCGACGACGCGCAGCUGGCCGCGGAGGCCCUCAUCACCCAGAGCGGGCCCGCGCCGCCCGCGCCGGAGCUCGAGGCGCUCCCCACGUCGACGCAGCUCGCGGCCUACCCGGACCUCGUCGUCGCGUUCAAGCAGCGCGACCUCGGCAAGGGCUUCCUGCCCGGCGCCGCGCUGCCCAUGGUGCUCAAGAACUGGUGGAAGGGGCCCGACGGCCUCCCGAUCACGGACGCGCACGUCCUCGAGGCGUGCCUGAAGACCACGAUCUUCCGGGAGGCCGACGAGGAGGCCGCCGCGUCCAUGGGCGACGAGGAGGACGACGACGACUUCGACGUCGUGUCCAUCGACGAGCUCCGGAACCUGCGCGAGAUCCGCCUCGAGCGGCGCAAGAACUACAAGCGCCGGGGCGCGAAGGUGACCUUCGACGAGCUCUGCCUCGUCGCGGAGAAGCUCUGCGGCGUCGUCGGCGCCGCGCCGCCGCGCGAGGGCGGCCUGAACGUGUCGCGGACGCUGAGCCGCGGCGGCGGCGGCUGGGUGCGGCGCGAGCCGAGCCGCGACGGCCCGGCCAAGGCCUACCGCCUCAUGUCGCGGGAGCGGAAGCGCCUCGUCUACGGCGACGUCGGCGAGCCCGCGCUCGUCCGGGUGGACCUCGCGGCGUCCGUCGCGCCGCUCGAGGGGCCCAACUGCGCGGAGGCGCGGCGCGCGCGCCUGCUGACGUCGCGGGACAACUACCGCAUGGAGACGCCGCCGCCGAUGGGCGACGCGCGGGCGCGGCUAGGCACGCCGCAGUCGCCGAACGGCCGGUCGUCGCGCGGGUCGCGCGACGACGCGUUCCCGGCCGCGCGGCGCAUGCCGAGGCUCCCGCAGAACGUGCCCGAGCCCUUCGAGCACCUCUUCGUCGACCCCCUCAUGCAGACGGCGCGCGACUGCCUCGCGACGGGCAACCCGAACCCGAGCGGCUCGGGCUUCGAGCAGGACGGCGACGCGCCCCAGCCGCCGGUCAUGAACGGCCGCACGGCCGUGCGCGAGGCAAGACGAGUCUUCGAGGGCUACGCCGAGGAGCUCGCGUCGGCCGCGGCGACGAAGCGGCCCCCGCGGGGCCUGGCCGAGGCGACGUACCUGCUCUUCCGCCAGCGCUUCGGCCCGCGGCAGAUCGCGGAGGCCCACAUCGUCGCGCUGCUCGACGCUUUGUUCGCCCACGGCACGGAGGCGCCGGUCCUGGGCGCGUUGAGCCGCUUCAUCGACGUCAAGCCCGCGCUCGUGGAGAUGUUCGAGGACGGGCGCGCGUCGCUCGGCGACAACGACAGCCACCAGAGCGCGCCCCGGGCCGACUGGCGGGCCCUGCCCAUCAACUCGGCGCGGACCUACGUCGACACGCUCGCCUGGCUCCGGGACCGGGGGUGCCUCUUCCGCGACGCGCCCAUGGACGCGGGCGGCGGCCGGGGCCUCCGGUCGACGGUCGGCGCCGAGGGGUCGCUCUUCGGCGGCGGCGCCCACUUCCGCACGACGGCGACGGGCCGCGCCACCGUGAGCGGCGACGCGCUGCGGCACCUCUCCGUGUCGCGGCGCGCCGCGGCGUCGUGCGUGCGCCAGCUCGCGCCGUCGCCGAGCGUCGCGAGCACGGUCGUCGAGGCGCUGGCGAACGUGCCGGGCCUCGACGAGUCGCCCCUGGGCCACUGGGACGAGCACGUCGACGCCGAGGCCUUCGCGGAACUGCUGACGACGCGCGUCGUCGCCGCGGACGAGGUCACGCGCGCCGCGCAGGCGAAGCUCUUCGCUUUGGAGCGGCCCGACCGCGUGCUCUCGACCGCGGGCAGCGGCAAGGGCAAGCCGUCGAAGCGGGGCAGCCGCGGCGACAAGGACGCGGCCUGGCCCGAGAGCCUGAAGGAGCUGAAGCGGCUGCUGCUCCGCUUCGUGGCCGCGGACCCCGCGCGGUCGGGCGCGAUCCAGGGCAGGACAGGAGAGCGACAUUCCCAACUUCAAAGCCUCAUAUCUCGGCCGUUUUCCACUCGCGCGAUCUCCGGCGCGGCGUUCUGCCGCGCGAUGCGCGUGGGCCUCAAGGCCAAGGGCGGCGACGACGGCGGCUGGGGGCCCUGGACGCCGCCGUCGGAGCUGCCCCGGGACGAGUCCCUCCUGGCGGAGAACGAGCGGGGGCUCCAGCAUCUCCUCGUGUUCUACCGCGACAUGUACGACCAGCAGGUGGCCUACAUCGACUUCUGGGCCAUGCUCUGGACCGAGGCGACGCUCCACCGGCGGCUGCCCCUCUUAGAGGAGCUCUACGCCAUCGCCAUCGACCAGCUCAUCGGCAUCGACGACGAGGUGGGCGCCGCGCUCCGCGCGUUCGUCAUGCACGUCGACCGGAAGGAGCUGCCCAAGGUCGAGGAGAAGGACAAGCGCGAGGACGCGCCGGGGCCCGGGCGGCCCGUGCUCGAGCCCGUGGAGGUCAAGCCGAGCUUGUUGGCCCUCGCCUUCCCGGGCCAGCUCGACAUGGGCGACCUCGACCGCGUGCCGGACCUGCACCCGGGCACGCUCACGAUCGCGCGGCCGCCGGACGCGGCGCGCGACCGCGAGCGCGACGUCUUCGGGGACACGGAGGGCGCGAGCCGCGCGGCGACGGCCCACGACGAGCGCGAGGACCGGCCGGACCGGUCCAUCAGCGAGGAGCGGCGCGCGUCGCUCCGCGAGAAGUCGACGUCGACGCGCGCGUCCGGCGUCGCGCUCGUCCAGGACGACGUGUCGAGCCACGUCGACGUCGCCCCGGAGCCGCCGGAGGCCUUCCGGCCCGCGGCGUCCUUCUCGCGGUCGCUCCAGUCGUCCGCGUCCCGCGACGACUUUAGGGACGAGUCCGUCGACGUCCACUCGACGAUCCAGACGCUGCCCCGCAGCUUCACGGCCGCGGGCGCCCAGGCCGCGGCGCAGCUCAUGCUCGACGGCCUCGCGCGGCACCACGCCGCCGAGGCCCUCACGCACGCGCGCGCCGCGGCGUCGCACGCGACGCUGGCGCUCACGUACGCGGACGCGGCGCUCCCAGCCAAAAAGGGCGGCACGAUCCUCACGCGCCUCGCGGCGUCGGGCCCCGGCAAGCCGCCGCGGCCGCCCCAGGUGCGGGGCACCUUCGCCUACCAGGGCGACCCCUUCUUCGCGCCCCAGGUCACGAAGCAGACGCGCGCGACCAAGGCCGACGCGCGCGCCGCGGCCGCGCGCGCGCUCGCGCGCGGCGCGAGCCCGCUCCUCAAGACGUCGCUCGACGUGCUCCGCGUCCAGUCCAUGACGGGCCAGUACGACUCCUUCGGCCGCGCGUUCAGCCCCGUGCGCUACCUGAGCCUCGACGAGGCCGAGCAGCUCCAGCGCGACAUCGACGCGGCGCAGGACGAGGCCGACGCGAAGCGCCUCGCGAAGACCCACUCCAAGGCCGUCGCGCCCAAGGAGAAGCCGAAGAAGGUCGACAAGGCCGCGGAGCAGCGGCGCCUCCUCGAGGAGGAAGCCAAGCGGCGCCAGGAGGAGGCCAUGCGGCGCCACGAGGAGGAGCUGGAACGGCGGCGCCAGGAAGAAGAGGCCCAGGCCAAGGCCGCGGAGGAAGCCAAGAAGCGCGCCGAGGAGAAGGCGGCCAUGGACGAGGCCGCGGCGAAGAAGAAGGCCGAGGAGGAGGAGGCCGCGCGGCUCAAGGCCGAGCAGGAGCGGCGGCUCAAGGACCUCGAGGCCGCGAAGCAGGCCGAGGCGCGCGAGAAGGCCGAGGCGAAGCGGCGCCAGGCCGAGGAGGAGCGCGCCGCCGCCGACGCGGAGAAGAAGCGCCUCAAGGAGGUCGCGGCCGCGGAGAAGGAGGCCCGGAAGCAGGCGGAGCGCGAGGCGCGGAAGCGCCAGGAGGGCGAGCGCCAGGCCAUGUACCAGGAGGAGCGGCUGGGCCACAUGAUGCGCGAGCAGCUCCGCGAGGAGCGCGCGGCGGCCGAGCGGAAGCGGCUCCAGGACAUCAAGGACGCGGAGAUCGCGCGCGAGGCCGAGGAGAACCGGUUGAUGGAGGAGGCGGAGGAGGAGGGCGAGUUCCUGCGGGAGGAGGAGCGCGAGAAGGCCCGCGCGGCCCAGGAGGCGCUGGAGCGCGAGAAGCAGGAGCGCGAGCGCGAGGAGUUCGAGCGCGCGGAGCGCGAACGGGAAUACGAGGAGUGCUACCAGAUGCAGGCCGAGGAGGAGUACGAGCGCCAGCGCCUCGCCGUCGAGGCCGAGGAGGAGCGCAAGCGCAAGGCCAAGGAGGAGGCGCUGCGCGAGCGCCUCGACGCCGAGGGCCGCAUGAAGGAGGAGAACGAGCGGUCCACGAUGAUCACGAACACGCUCAAGGUGCGGCCGACGAACGCGGGCCUGUUCCGCGUCGCCAAGCAGAAGCGCGCGUCGAUCGCCUUCAAGGACAAGUUGUUGGGCAAGGUCGCCCAGCGGCGCGCGACCGUCGCCGCGGCGAAGCAGGCCGAGGAGGAGGCCGCGAAGCUCGAGGCCGAGGCCGCGGCGACCGCGAGGAAGAUGGGCGACCUUAGUUCGAUGAUGAGCGCGACGUCGUCCGGUGCGGCGUCCCAGGAGCCGGCGCAGGCCGACGACGACGACGACGGCGACCGCCCCCUCUUCGGCUGCUCCAUGGCCUUCUCCGCGGAUUUGCGCUACGACCCCUUCGCGGAGGACCUGCGGUCCACGAAGCAGCCCGCGGCGCCCGUCGGGUCCGCCGUCGCGGCCAUGCGCGCGAAGCAGGACGACGCGGGCGCCGGGGGCUUCGACGAGACGUCCCUCGAGGACGACCGGCUGCCCGAGGCCGUGCUCCGGUGCUUCCGCGAGGCCGCGGGCGGCGGGCCCCAGGCGUUCUACGACGCCGGCGACGCCGACCUGCUGGUGUCGCGGGGGCGGAUCCCGUCGGCGAGCGACGCGGACUGGCAGGACACGUCCCUGGGCCAGGAGAAGCGCGUCGUCGUCGCGCCCGAGGACGACCGCUACGGGUCCGGCAAGCACGCGAUCGCGAUCCGCGCGACGCACGCCGACGGCUGCUCUUUUGCCGUUUAUGCGGCGACGACGGGCGCGACGAAGGCGUCCGUCGCGUCCGAGCCCAUGCGCGCGCUGGAGCCGCGGCUCCGGAAGCUGAAGCUGUUGGGCGAGAUGGGCACGGGCGCGCUCCUCCGCGACUUCGGCGCCGCGGCCAACGACGCGGCGGAGCUCGUCGCGCGGGAGGUGGCCCUCGAGCAGGCCAUCGCGUCCGGCAUGCGGGCCGACGAGCUCGUGAGUCGGAGCGACUUCCAGUCGGAGCAGAAGCGCAACGAGGAGCUCCGGCGCGAGGCGAAGCGCGUCGCCAUGGAGGUCGGCUCGAAGCGGGACCUCGGGGACGCCGCCGCCGGCGACGAGGCGCCGGGCCCCGCGGCGGCGCCGGGCGACAUCGAACCGGACCACAUCGACGCGAAGCUCGACCAGCGGGACCUCGAGGAGGCGUGGAACGUGUCGCUGUCGGAGCUCGACAACGAGGACAACGCGGAGGACGCCGUCGCCUUCGAGAAGCUCCUCUACCGCGUCGGCGUGGCCCAGAUGCAGGCCGAGAACGCGUCCAAGCCGCUCCAGCGCGACCGGCACCUCGACGCGCGCGCGCCGGCGUCGACGUCGUCGCCGGGCAAGCGGAAGAAGCGGCGGCGGCGCAAGAAGCGGUCCGAGGUCAUGGAGCCCGGCGAGACCGUCGACGACCUCGACGCCCGCAUGCGCGCCUUCGUCGGCACCAAUGGGAACUGGAACAAGGGCGUCAACGCGCGCAAGGCGCCGCGGGAGCCGUUCCGCCUCAAGGUGCCGAAGCCCCUCAAAUACCACCUCCUCCUCGACGACUGCCUCCACCAGCCGCCGAAGGACGGGGAGUCCUAAGAUUGAAGUUGU